AUGAAUAAACGACCUUUAGUUUCUCUAAAUUCAAUGAAUUCAGCUGCAAUGGCUAAUCUUAAUCGAAUGACAUUUUUAAUGUCAAUAUCAGAAAUAACACCACAAAUAUUUAUAUCGGGUCAAAUGGCAGCUACACUUGAACAAGUACAUAAAUUGGGUAUAACUUAUAUUCUAAACGUUGCUGUUGAAUCAUCAGCUAUUGUUUAUCCAAAACAUGUUAAAUUAGAAAAAUUUGAAAUAAGUGAUUUUCCAACAACACCUAUAAGUAAUUAUUUUCAUACAUUAACUGAUAAAAUGCAUGCACAUCUUAAUGCUAAUAAACAACAUAAAGUGCUUGUUCAUUGUAUGGCUGGUAUAAGUCGAAGUACAACAAUUGUUAUUGCUUAUUUAAUGCGUUAUUUGAAUUUAUCAUUACGGGAUGCAUAUUUACUAUGUAAAAGACAUCGGCCUAUUUGUUUUCCAAAUUUAGGUUUUUGGAAUCAACUUAUUUCAUAUGAAUUUCAACUUAAAAGAGAAAAUAGUGUAAAAAUGGUUUCAACUCAAUUUGGAUAUAUUCCUGAUGUUGCCUAUGAAGAAAUUAAAAAAAUGUAUGAUGAAGAUGAACAACGGCAACAAAAUCCACCACAACCAGCGUCUUUACCAUUUUUUGCUCCAUCUUUUACUUCAAAUACUAGAACUCCUAGUAUUAAUGCGCCUUCAAGUAAUAAUUCAUUAUAUUUAUCAUCCAAUCAUACAAGACCAGUUGUUCGUGAUCCACCUCCAAGUAAUGCUAUUAAUACAAUACGAUCUCGUUCAUUAGCUGCUAAUGCAGCAAAUCGAGCAUCAGUCGUAGCUGCUUCAACAAAUGUUAGUAAUCCGGCUUAUCAAACACCAUUAUUUGCAACAAAUAAACAAACAUUUACAUCUCCAACACGAUAUGGUUCAAAUCCAUCACCACCACCACCACCAGUCAAUAAUUCCUUUCCAUUAGGACCGACUUCAUCAACAGUUUCGUAUGCUAAUAGUCGAAGUCUCCCAAUAAGUACAUCACCAAAUGUAAGAGUUCGUACAAAUUACCAUCAACCACAAGCAAAUAAUGCGAGUAACAUACCAAAUCCAUCAUUAAUGAUAAAAAGUAGUGAUCAACAACGUUCCAAUUAUGAAACAACCUAUCGAGCGAGUUUCAUUAAACCUUUAAUUCCUUGA